GACAUUCCCUGGCCCUGCUGGGCUGCCUGGCCCGUCUGGCCUGCCCAUUCCCUGGUCGGGAUGCCCUGGAUGCCCCAAGUGCCCACCCGGCCUCCUUGCUGCUCUCCGUGGGUGCUCGUGCUCGUGCCUCUGGCGGCCGUAUAAAGACCAGACAGGCCACAGGUCUUGGCAUUUCCCACGGGUGUCGUUCUUCCCAUCCCCCCUCAAAUCUUCCACUUGGAUUCCGUCGCACACACCUCUUCUCGCCUCAGCCGUGCCUCCCUGCGUGCCUGUACCUUUUUGGCCGUGCACUCUGGACCGCUGCCCCCACAUAGCUUCCAUUCCUGCACAGUCUGACAGUACUCCGUACAGUCACGCCCAAGCCUUCCGUCGUCCUGUCUGUGUCUGGGUGGUCCAAUCUCACCUCUCCCACUACCUUGGCUUCCUCCUCGGGUUGUGGCAUCACUCCCUCUUUCUUCUCCCUCCUCCUUCACCUUCACAUACCCCAUCCAUCGACACGUACACGUGGGUGACGGAGGACCUCGCCUGCUGCUGGCCUAGCUUUCGUGUUCAAUACUCGUCCCAAGCGUCCUAGAUGCCUCCGUGCCUUGAGCCUUGGGUUCUAUAGCCCGCACAAUGAUGGUCGACAAUGAUGGGCAACACCUACGUCGACGAUAUCCAAAAUGCAGUGCUUCUCUUCAGCAAUCCCGUCUGGUCUGGCGCCGAUAGCAUUCCAUCAACCAUCAUCAGGAACAUCACUGCGCUCUCCAGCGACAUAGCCUACUCCGCAGAGAUCAACGAAAACAUAACCAUCCUGUCCUCGAGAUACGCCCAGACGAACAAUGGCAUCAUCCAAGGACUGCUCUAUGUGCCCGAUCUCGAGGCCCGUGACCCGUGCACCGGUUUCGAGUCUGCAUAUGUGCCCAGCACCGCUGUGCGACAAGCCCACCUGCCACCUUCCGAUUACAACCUGAUCGCCCUGGUGCCUUGGUACAAUGCGAAUUGCACGAGAUCAUAUCUCGCCUCUGCAGCAUUGGAUCCUAUUCGCGCCCUAAUCACCUACAGACCCGACAACAGCGUUGAGCGGCCUCCGCCUGCCGACGACGAGAUCUGGGAUCUCCAGGACCGCGAUGCCUGGAAGUCCUACAGCAAAUUCCCCAUCUACGCCGUCUCGGGUGCCGUCGGCUCAUCUAUGAUGACACAGCUUAGCCUAUAUUCAGGCAACGUGACCUCCGUUCCCUACGGAGAGAACAUCUCUGCACUGUACAACCCCGACGCCGACGACUAUGUCCGGAUUUGGUCCCAGAUCCAUGUGGCCACGACGGAUUCAUUGCCGACUAUUUGGAUCUUCAUUCUGAUAUGUGUGGCGGCACUGUUCUUCAUUGUGGCUGGCAUCUCCUGCACAAUGCAUUGUGUUCAGUACAAGCGUCGGGCUUCUCUUCAGCGUCGUGUCAUGAGUGGCGAGGUGAACUUGGAGGCCAUGAACAUCAAACACGUCUUGGUCCCUCUCGAGCAUGUCAAAAAGUUCCCCCUUUUCACGUACAACUACGAGCCAAACGCGAACAGCAUGCCGCCCUCCCCGACGACACCACGGGCACCUGCACGAGUCCAUAUGCGGAACAAUAGCCUGGGGAUCGACGAGACCAUAACAUCCAUUCCCGCACCGCCUUAUUCGGAAAAGGCUUUGCCCAGCCCAACAGCGAAAUCAACGGUCACUGGCAUCACUGCCGCUAGUACGGCAACAGACUAUCAACCUGCAUGUUCGAUUUGUUCCCAGGACUAUGAAAACAGGGUAACCAUCAUACGCGAACUCCCAUGUGGUCACAUUUUUCACCCGGACUGUAUCGACGAAUUCUUGAGCAGCCACAGCUCCUUGUGCCCCCAGUGCAAGGCCUCCAUGCUCCCCAAAGGCUUCUGUCCAAAGGUCACCAACUCCAUGGUCCGUCGGGAGAGGGCGAUUCGGAAGCUUCGGGGUCGCGUCAUUGUAGACGAAUCGGACGUCGAGAGCGGCCGUGCUCGGACAGACACCUGGAAGUCGAGUGUGAAGAGGAAGAUGUUCCGUCCAAGUAACAACGCGGCCAACCUCGUGCAGCAGGUACCCGCUCGUCAAGCUGAAGGCCCAACACCCGAGACUCGACUGCGAAUGCGCGACCUGGCUGGUGAAGAGUUCCACGAUGGCCGCAGUUUAAAUGGACAGCCCAAAUGGAAAAGGGCCACGCGAACAUUAUUCCCUGGAUUUUCUUGAUAUCUUCCUUCUUUUUUUUUCUUUUUUUUCCCACAUAUUUUGGAGCUUUGUUUUCUUCUUUCUGUUUUUGGACCGGUUCCCAUGUGAUACCCCGGAGCAAUCUCCACAACUGAUUUAGUGAGCAUCGGAUGGCGUUACUAGGCCAGGUGGGUUCAGGCCGAGCAUACUGGGUGGGGCCUCAGGGGAUGUACACCAUACUGGAUAUGUUUUUAUGGCGAGAGUGGUCACAGUGGAGUAUUAUCAAGUGGUACGAGAUACUGCUUUCGCGGUGGGAAGGUGGUCAAGAAGAACAAGAAGAGGUCGCCGCCACGCCAAGCCCCCGAGUUGGGCGACAAGGUAGUGGUCGAAUCGGACACAUAAUGUGUGCCAAUUCAAGUGUGUACAUGUAGCCACUUCAGCUUGACUCCGACAAGGGGUAUCAAGACUCGCAUAAAGACAAUAGAACUGGAAGUAUCAACAAAAA